AUUCGUUCAUAUCCUCAGCCUAUGUCUGAUGGCCUAACAUCGCUUACACACCUCUGUCCUGUCUAACAAGCCGCUUAUACACACACUCUGCACAAGCGCAUGGAUGGAUUGAUGGAAUUGUCCACUCACUGCGAUCUCUCUGCCCCUGGCCCCCUCCCGCCAGCGAAACAAUCUCAAACAAGCAACAAACGCACACACACACACACCCCUCUCACAUGACACAGCAACACGGCCCCCCUUGUCUCAGGAACUGGCGCAUACACCCAUCCCUCUGAUCUUUCCCUCCCGCGUCCAACGCACGCCUUCGCUCCAGCAGCCGAUUCAGCUCCUUCUCCAGCUCGCGCAGGUGGGCCUCCUCGUCGCUGCCCUCAUCCCACCACUGCUCCUGCUCCCUAUCGGUCUCACCAUCAUGGGACGCGCCCGCGUCAUAGCCCUCAUCGUUCGACUCGACACAUCCGACGCUUGACUCCUGGUCGCUCGGCAGUGGCUUGGCUGAUCGUGGUGGUGGGGGUGUGCGGGGCCGUGGUAGGGGUAGGGGUGGUGGGGGCAGAAGGGAUGGCGAGUGGCUGUAGAAAUGGAGUAGCGACGGCUGCGACUUGCCCGCCGGGUAUGGGGGGAAGGUGCAAAGACGUGCCGGGCCGUCUGGCACAGCUGACGGCGCAAUAGAGGUUCCCUCUGCUGUGCUGGCGCGGCACAGGGAGGCCUCGCCGCUCCUGUCGUCGGCCUUGCCGCCUAUCAUAUCUUCUGGCGACUCAGACCUACUGGUCGACGCAACCGAGGACGACCCCGACCCGCUGGAGCUUGAGCUCACGUCGCCCUCUUGGCCCUUAUCAGCCACUCCACUGCUCUCCCCUUCUCCCAUCAGUGCGCGCACGAACCGGCUGCUCCGGAUAGCACGGCAGAAGUGCAAAAUUUCCUCCUGACCCAUGGUCAUGCCAGCAUCGUUCGCAUCCUCCGUCGAUGAGCGGUCCGUGGCGAUGGGCAGGCCGGCUUCGAUGCGAUGGUUGACGAGUGAGAGCCGCUUCGCCCUUGGAUCUUCACUUAGCGGGGCCAGCCUAUCCUCGCUUAUGGCCGUCAGGAUGCUGUGGAGGGAGUGGGUCGAUAGAAGGGUGGGCGUGGGCUCGACAAUGCUGGUGGGCGCCGAGAGCGCCUCGGGCGUGGGGGACGAGGCGAGGCAAACAGAUGGGGAGGUUGUGGCCUGGUUGCAAGCAGAGAUAAAGAAGUUGUCGAUCAGUCGGUUGUACGGAUGCGAUGCAUAUCUGUGCGUGCGUACCAUUGAUAUGCGAUGCGCGAGAGCCUCUAGGUGCUUGACGUUCUCUUCGAUUGCCGCAAUGUCGCGACAAGGCGGGACGCCUGGAUGCAGAGAUGGGAACGCCCACGUGUACGUACCCGUUGUCGGUGGCUCCCUCUCGUCCUGCUUUGCUGUGCGUACACCUACCUGAUGUCAGGUCUAUUUCGUCCCUGGGGUUCUGUGGCGAUGGCUACACGGCGCUGCAUGCGCCCAAGGACUCAUGCAACGACCUGCACAACGGAGGGAGAGAUCAGUGCACAACGGAUGGAAAGAUCAGCAGAGUGAUGCAGGCUUCCUCCGUGCACAAACGUACCUCGCACGAUUGGUGAGGGUCUCGUAUUCACAUGCCAAGAUGAGUAGCUCUGCCCCACAGCAAGAUCCAAGAUCACUCACACAACAUCGUGGUGCCAGUGUCCCAUUCUGUGUUUUCCAUACCGUCUCUAUCAGCCCGUCUGAACCUGCAGGCGGCAAAGCCGUGUCGGGGAAGUCCCAGUUCUCCUCCUGCCGCUCCAGCCGAUCCAGCUGCAGCAGCGGGAUGGCGAUGUCGUUCUUGAUGACCUCUGGAGGCCUGCCACUCUCCUUCUCGCCAUCGUUGUGCCUCUGCCGAUCUUCGGCGAAAGGCGAGCACGAAGGUCGGUGCGGAAACGGUUGAUCACCGUGUGCAUCACGUGAAGUGUCACGCUGGGUAAGAUCUGCAAUGAGCAGCGAGAUGGUCUGGUGGAGGUGGGUGUACUCAGACAUGUGCUGCAAUCAAAUCAACACACAUACGACAGAACACAACGUAUCUUCUUCAUGACCAUCCCCAGUGAGUGGGCUCUGCACGCCUUACCAGCCACAUGGCGCUCUGCGCUUCGCCUCCCUUGUGAAGCAGCUCCUCCAGCUUCUCAACAACACUCCUCAGCGACACAUUGCGGUCAUUCAGCUCUCUCAGCUUGUCCUGAGCCUGCCAGACGGCCGAUGGCUCAGAAGUGUUGAUGUUUUCAUGAGCAUCACUCUUGUCUGACUCAGCCGCCGCGUUCCCAGCGCCUUCACUCAUCCCAAUAGCGCCUCCGUUUGUGAGAGCCAGCGAUAUCGCGAGCACUAAUGGGAGCGGAGGGCUAUUGGGAUGAGUGCAAGUGCAGCAGUCGACCGAUGCAGAAGUAGGACAGCUCACUGCCGCCAGGGACCACCGCCGCACUGCAAAUGGCCCAU